GGUGUCGUGUGUGUGCUCCUGAAAUAUUCUUUUUACCCACCGAUUAUAUAUACAUAUACAUAAUUAAUAUAUAUUUAUAGUAACGACAAAAAUUUUUACUCCUUAAAAAUAAUUUUUAAUAUCUUGUUAAAAACUUUAAAAAAAAUGUUUUAAAAAAACUGUUUUAAAAAGCCGAAGAUUAAGAAAAUAGUCGAGUGUAGUUUUAAUUGAGAGGAAAGAAAAAAUGUUGUCGAUACAAAUUUUAUAAACUGUGCGCGAUGACAUAAAGUAAAAAAAAAAAAAUUGUGUGAUAUUGUUUCGAUGAGAGGAAGAUGAUGAUGAUCGUGAUCGUGAUAUGAAAAAUGUGUGCACACCCCAGAAAAUUCCCCAGAACUUCUCCACCCUGUUUGUCGAGGCGAAAAGCCCUUUAUAUCUCAAACGCAGCAGUCACAAAACCGUUUGAAACACAACCCUCGUGUAGUCGCGAUUUCGCGAAUUCCAGACAUUGUUUACAGGAAAGAAAAGUCUUCGUCUCGUUUAGAGAGAAAACGGUGUUGUGUGCUCCCUCCCCUUCCACACAAGAAAAAAGUCGGCAACGAUUCGUGAAUAUUGUGACUAUUUAUUUUAAUGAAAAAUAAUGUAAACUCGUUUAUUCCGCUUCCGGUACGUAAAAAAAAAUCUCUCCUUCGCGUGAAAAAAAAGCUCCUCGUAGUAGUGAAAAAAAAAAAUAUUUAUUGUUGAGAGAAGUAGUGUGUUACUCCCCAUUUUCGUGUGAGCCAUUUAAUCCGUCAUUGCAACGUCGCCCGAUUCAUUGAACCAGGAAAAAUAUAUUUAUAACCUCAAAAAUAUCAAGUGUUUUCUCUUUCAUCUACCGGGAAAUAUUGUGAUAUUUUCGAAAAUUGUGUUUUUUAUAAUCGAAAAAAGUGGGUGAAUUUAUUUUUUUUCGGGUAAAAAAAAAAGUGGAAUUGUGGUUUUGAAAGAGGGGGGAGGAGGAGGAGGAGAAAGGGGGAAGAGAGAGAGAGAAGGAAAAUCUAGUGUGUUGGUUCUUAUACCAAAUUCCCGGUGUCAACUACUACAGUAUAACUACUCUCCUCGAUGGGAUCCGAAUUCCUGACGUCAAAGAGCCAAUAUGGCGUCUACAAUAAGCAGAUGGACAAUGACGGCUGACUGGUAACCGGCGGACUCUCUCGCGGUGGCGCUGGCGUCAGGAUGGAGCACCUCCAGGCCGCCCUGGACCCCAGGAAGCAGGAACUAUUGGAGGCCCGCUUGCUCGGAGCUCGGCCGUCUGUAGGGUCACAGAUCCAGACGGGACCCCAGUCCUCGGUAAACUCUGGUCAGUCCGUACACAGUUCAGACUCUAACAUGAGCACCGGCUCAAAUCACAGUGAUAAAGAAAUAGAUCCCAAUACUCCCGAGAAAGUUCCACGGACCCCAUCGGAGCGCAAGAGGAGACGCAAGGUCGAUGACUCUGGCGGCGGUUCCGCCUCGACGAAACUCUCACGACCAAUGAUUGCAAUCGAUAAGAAAAUCAACGACUACUUUCCUAAGCCCUUAAUUUCACCUCAACCGUCGCCCCUCGCCGAAUUCUCCCUAAUGCAGCCGCCUCGAUCUCACAUUCAACUGCCCCCCCUGCCGCCCGGCAACAUGGUCCACAAGCAAAUGCAAACCGAGCUCACUUGCCAACUCAUCCAGGAACUCGAGACACAAGCCUCCUCCGAUCUCGAGCUCCACAACAAUAAAAUUGACGAGCUCAAUCGAGCCGCCGAGGAACUCAAACACCAAGUGGCUAGUCAGAAGAAAGUCAUCGAGGAGCAAAAGUUGCAUAUUAAUAAGUGUAUAGAAGUCGUCAAGAAGCUUCUCCAGGAGAAGUCGAAUAUCGAGAAGAAGGAGGCGAGGCAGAAGUGUAUGCAGAACAGACUGAGGCUCGGGCAGUUCGUCACACAGAGGGUAGGGGCGACGUUUCAGGAGAACUGGACCGACGGCUACGCCUUUCAGGAGCUCGCGCGACGCCAGGAGGAAAUCACCACCGAGCGGGAGGAAAUCGACCGACAGAAGAAGUCCCUCCUCAAGAAGAGGCCCUCAAACUCGGAGACGGGGCGAAAGAGAAACCAGGCCCAGUCGGCCCUUCACAACGGCACCGAGGCGACAUUCCUCAAGCCCGACGCGGUCCCCGGCUCCUACACCUGGCAAGAGUACUACGUCGCCGACGAAAUCCUCAAACUCAGGCAGAACGCCCUCAAAAAAGAGGACGCCGACCUCCAACUCGAAAUGGAGAAACUCGAGCGCGAACGCAAUCUACACAUUCGUGAGCUCAAGCGAAUUCACAAUGAGGACCAAUCGAGGUUCAAUUCCCAUCCUGUCCUCAACGAGCGCUACCUCCUCCUCAUGCUCCUAGGCAAGGGCGGCUUCAGCGAAGUCCACAAGGCCUUCGAUCUCAAGGAGCAACGCUACGUCGCCUGCAAAGUGCACCAACUCAACAAAGACUGGAAGGAGGACAAGAAGGCCAAUUACAUAAAGCACGCCCUUCGGGAGUACAAUAUUCACAAGGCCCUCGAUCAUCCCCGCGUUGUCAAACUCUACGACGUCUUUGAGAUUGACGCCAAUUCCUUUUGCACCGUUCUCGAGUACUGCGACGGUCACGAUCUCGACUUUUACCUCAAGCAGCACAAGACAAUUCCCGAGAGGGAGGCCCGCUCGAUCGUAAUGCAGGUCGUCUCUGCCCUCAAGUACCUCAACGAAAUCAAACCACCCGUCAUUCACUACGACCUCAAACCCGGCAACAUUCUCCUCACCGAGGGCAACGUCUGCGGCGAAAUCAAAAUCACCGACUUCGGCCUCAGCAAAGUCAUGGACGAGGAGAAUUACAAUCCCGAUCAUGGGAUGGACCUCACAUCCCAAGGCGCCGGCACCUACUGGUACCUACCGCCCGAAUGCUUCGUCGUCGGCAAGAAUCCACCAAAAAUAUCAUCAAAAGUCGACGUCUGGUCGGUCGGUGUGAUAUUCUACCAGUGUCUCUAUGGGAAAAAACCCUUCGGUCAUAAUCAGAGUCAAGCGACAAUUCUCGAGGAGAACACAAUCCUAAAGGCGACCGAGGUGCAAUUCGCGAACAAACCAACGGUCAGCAAUGAGGCCAAGGGCUUUAUUCGAAGUUGUCUCGCCUAUCGAAAAGAGGAAAGAAUUGACGUUCUCACAUUGGCGCGACAAGAAUAUUUACAACCCCCAACACCGAAACACGGCCGGCAGGCUAAUAGUCAACAACAGCAGCAACAACAACUCCAGCAGCAGCAGCAACAACAACAAUUACAACAACAACAACAGACUUCAUUCACCACUGGUAUGUUCAGCGGGAUGAACGCCUCAAGUAGUUCGUAGUGAAAAUUACGAUCCAGGGCCAAUGAGAGAGAAAGAUAGAGAACACUGGAACUGAUAUACAUAUAUAUAUAAAUAAAUAAAUAAAUAUUACUUGAAAAAAAACUGAUUAAACUCAAUAAAAAAACAAAUAAUUUCAAGAAACAGUGAAUGACAUUGUGUAAAAAUGGAAUUCAUGAUAUUGUGUAAAAAAAAAAAUUGUAUGUUUUACAUGUUUUAUUGCAGAACAUGAGAGAACGCAAGAGAGCGAGAGAGAGAGAGAAAGAGAGAAAGAGAGCGAGAGAGAAAGAGAGAGAGAGAAUGAUAAAUGCUUGGUGUAAUGAAUGAUUUAAAUAUGAAAACAAAAAAACAAAAAAAAAACCUUGCAAAUAUUAUCGUGUCACUUUACGUCGUCUGCUUUAGGUAAAGGAUAAUGAUAUUCAUUAAAGGUAUUUUACUUGUUGUAGGAAUGAAAUAUUUAUGAAAAACUGGGCGGAAAACACUAUUGUAAAAAUUAAUAAACGACGCAUUAAUAGAU